AUCAGCCCAAGCAAAAUCAGAUAAUCCUAGGGCUGUUGCUCAUUUUGGAAAAGUACAACCAAUGACAUCAUCAAUCUACCCAAAACACGAAAGCUUCAUAGGUGUACCAAAAAGUGGUGGGAUUUAUUGGAAAAUGAAGUCUAUUCACAGAUUCAGCGAAGUUAGUCUUCAUCUUAUUAUCAUGACAUUGAGCCUAGUUGGAGUAUUCUGUCACUGCGUCAUCACAUAUGACUGUAAAAAGAUCACACUCAAUCUCAACUACAUCGGACUGUUAUGUAAACUACUUUUGUUUGAUUUUGUGAAGAUGGAAAUAAAGGGAUGAAUUUAAUAGAAUAAAA